UUGCAUAGCUACUUUUCUUCUGCACAGUCUCCAUCUGACAAGCAAUCAAGUCAUCUACUCACUUACUCAACUCUCUCCCUCUCUCUCUCUCUGUCUCUCUCAAGAACACUCCACCUCACUAGUUACACAAACUCUGCAUUCUCUCUCUCUGGGAACUCUGCACUAGUUUCAUGACCUCACACUACACUCUUUUUCAAGCCAAGGAAAACACAACCAAACAUAAAAACCCAAACCAACUUUUUACUGGCCGUUCUCCCCCAUUCUAAUCUCUUACCUUAAACCCCCAGAAGCCAGAAACCCAUCUCAAUGCACUCUGCUCUUCCAGUCCUUGCCCUCCUCCUCACUCAAUGAGCUGUUGGGUUGAAUCUCAUUCUGGGUUUUGUGAAUGGGGUGCAUGUGCUCUACCUUGGCUUCCAAAUUCGCCUUCUUCCCUCCAACUCCCCCGACCUACAAGAUCCACCACCCUCAAACCAACGACGGCAAGCUCACCGUUGUACCCUCCCCCUCCUCCUCCUCCACCACCUCAUUCCCUCUCCCUCACGCCGACGACAACUCCUUCGACGUUUUGCUCAUUGACAACAAACGCGGCUCCAAGAUUGUCGCUUUUUACCUCAGCAACCCCUACGCUCGUCUCACUCUGCUUUACUCUCAUGGCAAUGCUGCUGACCUUGGUCAACUCUAUGAUCUCUUUGUCCAGCUCAAGGUCGCUCUCAGGGUCAAUCUCAUUGGAUAUGACUAUUCUGGCUAUGGCGCCUCUACUGGCAAGCCAAGUGAGGAAAACACAUAUGCUGACAUAGAGGCAGUAUAUGAGUGCCUUCAGACCGAAUAUGGAGUAAGCCAGGAAGAUUUGAUCUUGUAUGGGCAGUCAGUUGGAAGUGGACCAACACUCCACUUGGCAUCUAAACUACCAAGAUUAAGGGGUGUAGUUCUGCACAGUGCAAUUCUCUCCGGCCUUCGAGUUGUCUGCCAUGUAAAAUUCACAUUCUGCUUUGACAUUUAUAAGAACAUCAAUAAAAUUCAGAACGUGAAGUGCCCCGUGCUAGUGAUACAUGGCACAGAAGAUGAUAUUGUGAAUUGGUUGCAUGGCAAUGGACUGUGGGAAAUGGCAAGGGAUCCAUAUGAGCCUUUGUGGAUUAAAGGAGGUGGGCACUGCAACUUGGAGCUUUACCCAGAAUACAUCCGCCAUGUUUGCAGGUUUAUUCAAGAAAUGGAGAACACAACCACAGAAAUCCGAUUGAAAAAGAUCCGUCAGAACAUGCAUGCGCGCAAGAGAUCAUGUGCAAGCAAUUGCUGUAGAAUUAAAGUCUGUCGACCCAAAUGCCCAGAAUGUUCCAUACCAAAAUGUGUAAAAUGCUCCUCAUGCUGGACGCUUAAGUGCUCUUGUUGGAAGCCAAAAUGCUUUUCUUGCUGGAAGCCGAAAUGUUCUUGCUGGAAGCCGAAAUGUUCUUGCUGGAAGCCGAAAUGUUCUUGCUGGAAGCCAAAAUGCUUUUCUUGCUGGAAGCCGAAAUGUUCUUGCUGGAAGCCAAAAUGCAUCUCUUGCUGGAAGCCAAGCUGCAUAAAAUGUUGCUGGCGACCCAACUGCACAAAAUGUGGAGGACCAAGCUGCUGCAGCAGCUGCACUGCAUGUUUUCAGUGGCUGUGCUGUGUAGGAGGAACACAAAGUGGGUUAGACAGGAAUCUGGAUGGCUGAUGGUAUACAUGGUUGUUGUAUAGGUUUGAGCUGCUAACACCCUUUUCUUGUGCAGUAGUGUUGGAAACAGGAGGAAGUAGUACUCGGGUAGAUUAAAAAUUUUAUAAUUAAUUUAUUUUCCUGAAACUGGUCUGCUUUGAGACUCACAAUAUAUGAACUUUCUUCAAAAACAUACAUUUUGAAUGAGAAGUGCAUUAAUUUUAGGUA